CAUUCGUAUUUCCAGGCACUUCUUGGCCGACCUCACUACCUCCCGGCCUUGACAAGUCCGCUUCCUCCCUGAUACAUUGUACGCACAAGACAGAGUGCCGGCUGCGUCUCUUCUGCUUGUCUCCCCGUGUAGACCGCCUCAUCGCGAGCAUGGCGACUGCACACGAUGCUUCGCCACCGUCUCAGCAAGCAACACCACACCAUCCACCAAAGCCACCGUCAGAACCAUCUCACGAGUCUCGUCUCGACUCGCCGUAUCAGCCAAAGUGGUACUUCUUCUAUGGAUCCCUCAGGGAUCCGCACACUCUGAACGACUUUCUCCAACUCCCGCCCCCACCACAACCGCUGCUCCGGCGAUGCAGCCUCCAUGGCUUCGCUGUCGGCUACGCAGAGAGUGACACUGGUCUCUUUCCUGCCCUAAUCAGUGGCGAUCCCACCCACAUUGUCGACGGCUGUGCCUACCUCGUGACGACUCAGGAGCACGAGAGGAUAUUGUCUCAGCAGGAGCCUCGCAUGUACAAGCUGGCGCCAUGCAGCAUCUCAUUCUCUGACGGGCUCGACCCUGCGACUGCCGCCGGCGUGGCCUUUCUUUAUGAUGGAGACCCGUCUCUGUUGACGCUUCCAAAGGUCUACCAGGCCUCAUCCGAACAAGGCGCCCGGGAGCUUAACAACAAGCAACGGCACGACCAAAUACAAGCAGACAGGGCCGAGUCAGUGCGCAGGGGCGAGGGCAAACCCUCUUACCUGCUCGCCUCACUAGAGGCAUCAGGCCUCACUAUGGAUCAGGUCGGCAUCUACGUAGACCUAGGUCCGGAAGAGCCAUGGAAGCCGGUCUGGUACUUCUUCUACGGGACCCUAACACAGCCAGAGGUGCUCAAGGACGUCCUUGAUCUACCGCCCGGCGAGGAGCCGCUCUACCAGCCUGCUGUCGUGGUUGGAUACGCUCUGGCCGAGCGAACACCUUACAGAGCCUUGAUCGACGGUGAUAGUGGCCAGCUCGUCACGGGACUUGCGUACCUGGUGCAGAAGGAGGAGCACGAGAAAAUGCUUGCUGAGUAUGAGACCGACGCGUACGAGGUACAUGAGUGUUUUAUACAGCUUCCUGACUGCAAGGAGACGCCCAAAGUGAGCGGCAAGACCUUUUUGUUCGCGGGUGAUAUGAGUGAGCUGAAGCAGGAUCUGCUGGACGGCGUCACGUGGGAGCGCAAGUCAGGAGCGGCAUAGAUGGCGAGAACAGAACAGAAAACCAACACUUUUGAGGAUUGUGAGUUAUCGUCUUUUGUGGUACGGCGUGAAAUGUCGGAGUGUGAUGUCUGCCAGCAGUUCACGCUGCAUCCACUGUCCUCAAGUCCACUGCGAC